AUGACGUCGAUAAUAAAAAACCAGUUAGUCAAGCAUUUAUCAAAAUUCACCAAAAAUUUGAAGCCUGAACAAAUAUCUUUGGAUGUUUUAAAAGGAAACAGCAAACUUCAGUUCAUUGAGAUCAAUGAGGAUGUGCUGACAGAGAUUUUGGAGCUUCCAUCAUGGCUAAAAAUCAAAAAAGCAUAUUGCACAGGAGUAGCUGUUAAUGUCCCAUGGACCAAGUUGAAAACCUGCCCAAUUCAAAUUUUCAUCGAUGAAAUAAAUGUGGAUGUGGAGCUCACUAACGAGGCAAAGAAAGCACCAGGAAAACCAAACCCACUUGCAAAUUUGGGUGAUAGCUCUUCCUAUGGCUUCAUGAACAAAAUAAUAGAGAACAUGUCUUUGUAUAUAAGUUCAGUGGAAAUCAACUUCGAUUCAGAUGUCUUUGGAGGAUCUUUCAUGCUUCAACGUUUAUCAGUAGAGAGCAGAAGUCCGGGAUGGGCACAGGUGAAAGACUUGAGGCAGACCAGAAUCACGUGCUCAACAACAAAUCGAACUUUGAUGUUCAAACAGUUGUCAUGGCACCUGCUACGCAUCGAAGCAUCCGCAAAGACAUCUAAACAUGAGAAGCGCUCCAAAAUCAACGCUCCACUGAGAUUGAUAACAAGCGGCGGAAAGAUUCGAAUCGCGUUGAAGAAAAAUGCAGUUGACGGCUCGGUCAUCCAUGCCAGAAUCCAAACAAUUCUCGACGAUAUCCUCUGGGUCGCCACUCUACCACAACUUCGUUCAGCUAUCUCAUUUGCCAGUUACAUUACGAAUCUCGUGAAAGAGUCUCAGAAAAACGAAGUGGUCACCACCACCCAUGUUGUGGAUAGUCCGCUUAUCAGAACUGCCGACAAAGAUACAGAUGCCAAAACCACAACUUCUGCCUACAACAUUUUUCAUUUCGAUCAGACUUCAUAUCAUCUCCAUGUCAAGAAAAUUGACCUCCAUUUAUGUGAUGAUGCUCAUACUGCCAGUGACUACCCACCAGACUGGGAUAUCGAAAGUGGCGCUAUGCAAGUGACCCUACACCAAGUGCUCAUCGAUGUCUACCCGAAAGCACAUGCACAUUCCGACAGAUCCACCUGGAUGAGAUAUGCCAACCCAAAUCCGAUUGCAGGAUGGUUCAAAUCUCACCUAUCUGAACAAUUUCUUACAUUGUCAAGCAAGAUUGAAGACCCCACCACCAAAACUCGUCUGGAAAGAUGUUGGCCUCAACUGAUCGGGUUUUUCGUUGUACUUCGAGUCCACGAUUUGGCAAUUCAAUGCGUUUCUGAUAUGAACACCAAAAAAGAUGCAUUGACCAACUUGUUUGAAAGCGAACGACAUCUACAUUCACUCCCUUCCGACCAACAAAUUGUUCAUGUUGAAUUUGGAACCUUUUACCACCCAGCUUCGGAUCAGCUCCCGGUACCGAACUCCGCAGUGUACUUCCAGUUGGGACCAUUCACUAUCACGUUUGAUGAAAGAACGACUAGAUGGUGCUGUUAUGUUGCACACGCCUUGUCAUCAGCUAUUGAAGAUGGGCACUUGAUACCAGAAAAAGAGCUGGACAUCCAACCUCCCACAAUCAAAAUCAGUCUUGUAAUGCCGCGACUUGUGCUAAACCUCCCUGGACCAUUCACUGAUUUCAACUUUCCUCGGAGAUUGGUGACCUCUAUGUCGACAUUGACUGUAUCAUCCAGUCCUAUCGACUUUAAAGAUCACAGAAGAUUUAUUGCCAUUAUGGAGAGACCAAAAGAUAACCAUGAAGUGAAACAUCAACUGAAGUACGGAGCAAACAGAUUCCAUAUUGCAACAUCUCCAGUUUGGAUAGAAAUUGAUCAUGGAUCUCAGACUAAAGGAUUUCCAUUUUUGAAUGAUGUUUCAUUCAUUGGAAUUAUUGCUAUUGAGAAAGAUUGGUUGAAUGUCCUGAUUGAACCGGUGGAAGAUGUUGCGUUAAUGAUCGAUCAUUAUCAGUUUUUGCAAUUGACCCGGCUUGGCGACAAAUUCACAAGGUUUUUCGAUCAACUUGCACUUGACAUGAAACAUUACAACGUUGGGAAACCACCAUCCGAAUUGAAAGUUGACUUCAUCUCCGCACUCCACAGAGUCCGUCUGUACAUUGUAUUGACUAUGGGUGAAAUUCCGUCACCUUAUGACCAGGCAGCUAUGAACAAUUUCAAUCACAGUUUUAUGGAUCGACUUUCAGACUUGGAAGCCUCAGUAGUUGUGGUGGUGGUUGGCUUCUCAGUGGUGGUCUCUUCUUCUUCUGUCUCCUCGUCAUCCUCCUCAACAUACUCUUCCUCUGGCUCUGCGGUUGUGGUGGUCGCCUUAGCCUUCUUAGAUUUCUUUGAUUCAACGGUAGUGGUCUCCUCGGUAUCAUCGGCUUCUUCAACUUCUUCCUCCUCUGUGGUGGUGGAUGGAGCCAAAGUGGUAGUAGUGGUGGUAGUAGUUGUAGUGGUAGUAGUUGGCAUGACAUUGGAGCAGCAAGUUCAAGUGUUGGAUGCUUUCAAGUCCUUCGAACAUUUCCUUGGUGAUGUCGCUGAAGUUGUUGAACGACAAAUCGAGGACUUGGACUUGUUUGAAUUGCUCCAUAACUCCAUUGUCGAAUGUUUGGAGGUUAUUCUCGUUCAAGUAGAGAUAGCGAAGGGAGGCCUUGACGUUCUCGAAGGUGUCUGGAGUCAUCUCACAGAUUUGAUUGCAAGCCAAGUUGACAUCAAUAAGGGAGGUCAUGUUGACGAAUGCCUUCUUAGUGAUGUUCCCGAUUUUGUUGCAUUUCAAGCUAAGGAUGUUAAGAACACGGAGUCCGGAAAGAGCUUUGGUUGGGACCUGGAAAUUUGGAAAAUUCAAAUUGACAACGAGGUGUAA